GACUAAAAUUUUGAAAAACCAAAAAAUUGAAAACACCAAAUUUGUUUCCUUCUUUCUUUUCACAAAAAAAAAAAUAAAAACUAAAAUUUCCGUCAUUCUUUCUCCUUCCAUAAAUUAGAAACACUCAAUUUUUCCUCCUCUUUCUAUUCCAUAAAAUUAAAAGAACCAAAUUUCCCUCUUCCUACAUUCCUUCCACAAAAAGUUGAAAACUCCAAAUUUUCCUCUUCCUAGAAUCGAAGUGAGGAGAUAGAGAGCGCCAAGACGACGCACUCUCUAUCUUCUCACUUCGACUCUAAAUCUGAGUCCGUCACUGCUAUUGGUCCGAAAAAGUGCCAAUGCAACCUAUGCGAUGAUAAGUUUGAAUAUAUGAAGGGAAGGAAUCUCACGUGCAGAUGAUGCACAUCCAAUCUAAGAAGAGAUGUUGCACUUGCUUCAGAGCAUACAUGCACACGUGGGAGUUAGACGAUGAUAAGUUUGAAUAUAUGAAGGGAAGGAAUCUCACGUGCAGAUGAUGCACAUCCUAUCUAAGAAGAGAUGUUGCACUUGCUUCAGAGCAUACAUGCACACGUGGGAGUUAGACGAGCACUUUCGUGAUACUUAUUGUUGAAUCUCAAUUGAAAUUUUGUCCGGCGUUGAAUGUAAAUUGGGAGGUUAGGUAGUGUGCAUGGGAAUUUUGUUCGGGUAAAUGGGGGAUCUUAGUACGGAAUUUGUUUUCGGAAGCUUGGAAAUAUAGAAGCUCAACUUGUACAGGAAUAUUGUAAUAAAAAAAGAAUAUCUGGUCAUUUUACGUUUGCAAAUAAAUAAAAAAGAGGUUAUUUCCUACAAAAAGAGGUUAUUUCUAUCAAAGAUAUCAAGUUUAGUAUAAUUAUUGUAACUAAUGGUUAAUUUAUUUAUUAGCCCAUAAACAAUUACAUACAUAUAUAUACUAGUCUUCAAAGCAUAUAAGAAUAAAUUUAACUAGUCAUGUCCUCCAUAUAAAAAUUAAAGAUUCAUAUUUCAAAGACUAAAAUUUUGAAAAACCAAAAAAUUGAAAACACCAAAUUUGUUUCCUUCUUUCUUUUCACAAAAAAAAAAAAAUACUAAAAUUUCCCUCAUUCUUUCUCCUUCCAUAAAUUAGAAACACUCAAUUUUUCCUCCUCUUUCUAUUCCAUAAAAUUGAAAGAACCAAAUUUCCCUCUUCUUACAUUCCUUCCACAAAAAGUUGAAAACUCCAAAUUUUCCUCUUCCUAGAAUCGAAGUGAGGAGAUAGAGAGCGCCAAGACGACGCACUCUCUAUCUUCUCACUUCGACUCUAAAUCUGAGUCUGUCAUGGCUAUUGGUCCGAAAAAGUGCCAAUGCAACCUAUGCGAUGAUAAGUUUGAAUAUAUGAAGGGGAGGGAAUCUCACGUGCAAAUGAUGCACAUACAAUCUAAGAAGAGAUGUUGCACUUGCUUCAGAGCCUAUAUGCUCACGUGGGAGUUAGACAAGCACUUUUGCGAUACUUCUUGUUGAAUGUCAAUUGAAAUUUUGUCCGGCGUUGAAUGUAAAUUGGGAGGUUAGGUAGUGUACAUGGGAAUUUUGUUCGGGUAAAUGGGGGAUCUUAGUACAGAAUUUGUUUUCGGAAGCUUGGAAAUAUAGAAGCUCAACUUGUACAGGAAUAUUGUAAUAAAAAAGAAUAUCUGGUCAUUUUACGUUUGCAAAUAAAUAAAAAAGAGGUUAUUUCCUACAAAAAGAGGUUAUUUCUAUCAAAGAUUAUUUAUGAAGUUUAGUAUAAUUGUUGUAACUAAUGGUUAAUUUAUUUAUUAGCCCAUAAACAAUUACAUACAUAUAUAUAUAUAUAUAUAUAUACUAGUCUUCAAAGCAUAUAAGAAUAAAUUUAACUAGUCAUGUCCUCCAUAUAAAAAUUAAAGAUUCAUAUUUCAAAGACUAAAAUUUUGAAAAACCAAAAAAUUGAAAACACCAAAUUUGUUUCCUUCUUUCCUUUCCCAAAAAAAAUACUAAAAUUUCCCUCAUUCUUUCUCCUUCCAUAAAUUAGAAACACUCAAUUUUUCCUCAUCUUUCUAUUCCAUAAAAUUGAAAGAACCAAAUUCCCUCUUCCUACAUUCCUUCCACAAAAAGUUGAAAACUCCAAAUUUUCCUCUUCCUAGAAUCGAUGUGAGGAGAUAGAGAGCGCCAAGACGACGCACUCUCUAUCUUCUCACUUCGACUCUAAAUCUGAGUCCGUCAAUGCUAUUGGUCCGAAAAAGUGCCAAUGCAAUCUAUGCGAUGAUAAGUUUGAAAAAGUGCCAAUUCAAAUCACUAAACAUAAGCAAUCUUACAUAUGAAAUAAAAUUUUGCUAAUGGUUGUAUUGUGCUUGAAAAAAAACAUUGAUAAUAGCACUUCAAAUGAUUAUAAAUCAUUGUGAACCAAAUUGAUAAUACGAUGUAAUAGUAAAUAAACUUCAAGUACCAACAAAUUGAAAACACAAUUUCACUUUUGCUAAUAUUACAAACAAAACAUAACAUAAAAAGUUAAUAAUGUCAUAUAAAAUUAUUAAAAAACAUGUCAAACAACAUUAAUAAUAACACAAACGUAUACCUAACAACAAAAAAUCCCAAACCCAUGCAAUGAAAAACCCUAAUGAUGAUUCAAUUUAUAAAUAUUGAUAGUGUCAUUACAAAAUGUUAAUACUUAAUACUAAUCCGAAAUUGCCAAGAUGUGAGAGAGACAUAUAUUUUAAAUUUCAAAUUUCCAUUUUAGAAAAAGAAAAUUAUUAAAUUCGGAUUUUAUUAAAUAUUAAAUAAAAUUAAUUUCAUAUUUCUUUUUAAUUAUAAUGUAGAGAGAGGGUUGUGGAGAAAAUCAUGGGAGGAGAGAGAAAGAGAAUUAUUAAUUAAUUAUAUUUGCAUAACUCCAUUUAUCCUUAACUAUUUAUUAACUACUAACCCCAUUAACUACCUAAUCCACUAUCAACCAAUAAGAAAGCUUUAAGAUUCUUCUUAAAAAAUGAGACUUAAGGACUUGAACUCAAGCCGAGAAACCUGGCUCGCAUAAGCUAGGAGUUAAUUGAGUUCUUCAAACACUGAACUCUGAAGAUCGACAAGUCUGUGGUGUUGGCGGUGGCUGAAGCAGGCGUGUUCGGGUAAUUAUUUCAGAAUCUUAUUCAACCCUGUUUGAUUCUCGCUACUCCAUCCUAACUAGUAUCGGAGUCGGAUCUCUUGUCCUAUUGGGUUUUGAAUUUGGAUUCACGGAUUGUCAGCUAUAAAUUCCUUCCCAAUUUCAUCAAGUUCCGAUCUUUUUAGCGACCCGCAUAUCUUCAAACAAGAUGAGCAAGGAGAAAGAAGGCAAAGCAGAGGAACGGCGUAACUGGAGUGAGCUUCCGCCGGAGUUAUUGAACCUCAUCGGCCGACGGAUAAUCAAAGUAAAGGACGCAAUCCGUUUUCGAGUGGUUUGUAAGACAUGGUGGGAAACCCUCGCCGAGCAGCAGCCUCUACAGUUCCAUCAAUCGUCAGCCUUGCUGAUGUUGCCGUAUUGCAGCCACAAUGAACAAGGCAACGGCGCCGGCGAUAACAGCUGUUGCCGCCUCUUUAUGGACGUGGCACGCAGCCAAUAUCACCACUUGGAUUUCGAGCAAGCCCUGAAGCAAGCCAAUUGCCGGGGCUCGGCAUUCGGAUGGCUGUUUAUGCUGCAGCGCAUCCCUGUGCUGUUCAACCCUCUCACCGGCGGUCAGAUUUCACUCCCGCCCCUUACUACUUUCCCGGAGGUUUUGGGUUACUUCCCGGAAACAGUCGGCGCUGAAUACCUGAUUGUGGAUCACGACUACGGCGGCCUCUUGUUCGCCGUGGGCAAGAAGUACGUGGAGUCUAUCUACAUUGACAGGAUCGCAAUGUCAGCUGAGCCCAAUGCAGCGGAGGGCUGUGUUUUGAUGGCUACCUGCUGGGUUCUAAGCAAACGGCGCUUAGCAUUUUGCAGGCCUGGAGGUGACAAGUGGACAUUGCUUCCGUAUCUUAGCGUGGGCGGCGGGCCGGUACACUAUCAGAACAUAGUCUUCUGGAGGAAUAAAUUCUAUGCUAUUGACAACUACAACAGAAUUCUCAUCUGCGAUCUUGCUGUUCCCAAUGUGUCCUUUCUUGCUCCCAAAGUACGUCUUCUUCCUGCUGACUUCGACACCAGAUACCUAGUUGUAGGUCUGGCUGAUGAGUUGAUGCUCGUAGGCAGAAGUUUAGCUGAACGCGAGGAGGAUGCUGUUGGUGCCCUAAACGAACAACACGAUGCUGGCCGCGAAGAGGAUGCAGGAGGUAGAGUGAUUCCUGCCCAUAUUGAAGAUGACAGGCAUGAGGUCGAUGAUCAAAGUGUUCGGUACGUUUGGGAUAGUGACACAGAUGAUGAGUGCGAAUGCUGUCCGAAUUAUGAGACCAUAAAGUUUACCGUUUACAAGCUCAAUGAAGAAACAAAUCAAUGGGGUGAGAUUAAAAGCAUUGGUGAUUAUGCUUUGUUCUUGGGUAUGAAUACCUCCGCCUGCCUCUCUACCCAAGAUCACUCGGGAUAUAAACCGGAUUGCAUAUACUUCACCGACGACUCUUUCGAGAAGCAUGUAAGGCGUAGGCGUGGUGGUUAUGAUAUGGGCAUAUACCAUCUCAGUGAUGGAACUAUUGAGUCACUCUGCUGUAUCAACUUGUAUGAAAAUCCUUCUCUAGUUUGGCCACCACCUGUAUGGGUUUCGCCUGCUAUCAAUUAGCUUGUAUUAUGAAGUUUCAUCGUUAAGUAUGUCUUUGUCUUAAGACAAAAGUUGCAAGCCAUCACUCGGUGUCAUCUGCCAUGGAGCCUCGACCAAUUUUUUUCUCAGGGAAUGGCACCCUGAAUCUCUGAUCCUUUCUUAAUAGACUACACAGCAAAGCACAGAAGAAACAUAUAAACACAGAGCAAAAGAACACGUUCCUACCAACUUCACUCCAAUCACACUCAAUGAACAAUAGAUGCACACUCUGACCAUUGCAGCGAUAUUCAAAAUUCUUCCUCCAAAUACUAACUUGAGCGUCGGAAGGUCCCUAAAGCAUUACUGGAUCACAAUACUUCUUUUUCUGCAGUAAGUGAUCAGAGACUCCUCGAACCACCAAAAAUUCAAGAUCAAUUGCUGCUGAACAUGGCAUCAACAAGACCAAAACAAAGACCUCAAACAAAGAACUAUCCACCACUAAAUGAGAAAUCUCUCCCAAAACGCACAUGCCAUAAUCCUAAACGAUGCAUGUGGUUAUUGCCAAAUACAAGCAAUCACACCCACCCUCAAUCAACAUACACCUUACACACAAUGCUAAUAUGGUGAUGAAUUAAGCUAUUCAAACCAA